CUGGGGCUGGGGCUGGGCGGGACCGGAGUGGGCCCCCUUCACAUGGCUGGGGGAGCCGCCGAGGGGGACGCCCCAGCCCCGCUCACGCUCUUGUCUUUGCAGCCGCCGGGAUGGGGCUUCUCGCCGAGCUGACGCGGGGCCUGGUGCGGGGCGCGGACCGCAUGGCCGAGUUCACCAGCAAGCGCGGUUCGCGGUUCCACAACAAGGGCCGGGGCAUCAAGGGGAUGGGCUUGAAAGUCAAGGGCCACAGGUUUCGCUUGAUCCAGGAGAUGAUCCCCGAAUUUGUGGUCCCAGACCUGGCGGGGUUCAAGCUCAAGCCCUACGUGUCCUACAAGGCUCCUGAGGGGGAAGAGCCCGUGCUGACCGCCAAGCAGCUCUUCAUGGACCUCGUUGCCCCACAGAUCGAGAAGGAUGUGAAAGGAGGGACCUUUGACCCUCAUAACCUGGAGAAGUAUGGGUUUGAGCCCACACAGGAGGGCAAGCUCUUCCAGCUGUACCCUAAGAACUACGUGCGCUGAGAGCACCUAUGCCUGGCUGCAGCUGUUUAAAGACUGCACACUUUGCCACUGUUUCCAUGUUGAAUGGAGGGAUGUGGCUUGCAGAAGGAAGAAUGCUGGCCUUUUCACUAGGAUCAGCUUUUAAUAGACACCAAGUUGGCCUGUGUAAAGCCUGAUAUUCCAAAAAUAAUGGUAAUAAAGUAAUUUAACUAAUUCCUGAG